ACAGCAGAAAACAGCCCUAGAAUGAACCAGAAGCCUGUAUUGAUUGGCUUAUAUAUUGUACUCUUUCUCUUCGUUGUCAACAUGUCCUAUUUUUACCAUAGCAGCUCAACGGUUAUAUCAAUGCCAGUUAUUAAAUCGCUUAGAGAUGUGUUCCAAAAAACAGAACCAAUACAACUCCAAUGGACUACAAUAGCCACAACGAAAGCCACCAAGAGGCCUCUCACUGGUAUGUGGACAGUAAAUGCUAUUGGUCGUCUAGGUAAUUUAAUGGGAGAGUACGCCACACUCUACGCAUUGGCAAAACUGAAUGGUCAUGAAGCUUAUAUCUUGCCGGAAAUGCAUGCACAGUUAUCCAAAAUCUUUAAAAUUCGACUCCCAGCAAUUCACCCAGAUGUUCUAAAAUCCAUUCCAUGGAGAAAUUAUGGACUUCAUGAUUGGAUGUCUCCAGAAUACAAUAACAUCCAAGGGGAGUAUGUUAGAUUAACUGGAUAUCCUUGCUCAUUUACCUUCUACCAUCACAUAAAGGAUGAGAUUCUCAAGGAGUUUACAUUUCAUGAUUAUGUUAAAAAAGAAAGCAAUGAUUACCUUGCUAACAUCAUAGGAGAUCGGAAAAAUGUCACCUUUGUUGGAGUACAUGUCCGAAGAGGAGACUAUGUGUAUGUAAUGCCAAACACAUGGAAAGGUGUAAUCGCUGACAAGGGAUACUUGCAGAAAGCCAUGGACUAUUUCAGAAACAAGUAUGAAAAUCCCUUGUUUGUGGUGACCAGUAAUGGCAUGGAUUGGUGCAAGGAGAACAUUAAUAAUUCAUUAGGGGAUGUCCACUUUGCUGGUGAUGGCAAGGAAGGUUCUCCUGGACGAGACUUUGCCCUCCUGGCACACUGUAACCACACUAUCAUGACUAUAGGGACAUUUGGCAUCUGGGUUGGAUAUCUGGUGGGAGGGGAGACAAUUUACCUUUCAAAUUAUACCUUACCCGAUUCUCCUUUUCUCAGACUUUUCAAGUAUGAAGCUGCUUUUCUUCCUGAAUGGAUCGGUAUUCCAGCAGAUCUCUCACCCCUUCUGAAAAAAGACAACAAAUAAUACAAUAUCACAAAAUCUAGCAAUUAUUAAUAAAACUCAGGAACCAGACAUAUUAGGAAGAAAUCUGAUAUCUUUUUAAACUCUGGAGAAGAAAUAAAUUUUGGAUAACUUACUGAACAUACUGCAAAAACUCUGGAAUUGCAGUGAUAUGUCUAAUAGGCAUAUUUUUUAGUCAUUUGACUUUUUUAAACUCAGGAUUAUAAGGUAAAUAGAUAAAUGUUAUUACUACGGAAAAAAAACAGCUCAUAUCUUACUCAAAGGUAUGCCCAUGGACAUUCCCGCAGACACAUCUGAAAUGCCAUUUCUCUGUGUACUUUAAAUUUCUAUAGACUUCAAUGAAGCUGUGCUCAACGUCUUAAUGAAUGUAAAGUUAAAUGGUUGAGUAGAGUUAAUAUAUAAUUGACUUUUAAUGCAUUAUUGUGUCAAACUAUUAGGUCACACACACACACAUAUAUAU